AUGAUCCACAUUCAAUCAAACACGAAAAAUAAAUCAUUGACAAAUUCUAUGACAUUAAACAGGUAUACAAUUGUGCCCUCAAGAAAAGUAAAAUAUUUAAGAUUGAUUAUAGAUGAAUUUCUGACAUUUAAACCACAUAUACAACAAAUAGCUAAGAAUGGCACACGAUACUUGGCAUAUUUGAGAAAUAUCCUUCGGAAAAAUGGAAUGUUAAAUGUUAAUAUGAUGUUACAAUUGUAUCGAACAAUGAUCAUACCGAGAACAGAUUUAUCAGCUUGUGUGUGGGCGAAUGUUACAAAAGCGGCAUUAAAACCACUGAUGAAACUACAAAAGCUGACAUUGACAACAGCACUUGGAACCUCCAGGAAGACUGUAGCACUCUCAUCUCUAGAAGUAUUCUGUAAUUUGUUACCUGUAUAUUUUAGGCUGAUGAGGAGACAGAUGAUUAAAGCAAUAACUCUACACUCACGACUUCUGUAUCAUCCCUUGUCAGCCUUAUUUGAAAAAUCAGAAAAGGGAACAAUAUUCGCAAAAUUAAAGGAAAUCAUAUCAAUAGUCAGUAGCGAUAAUAAUCCCAUGAGUGAACUGAUAAAACAUUCAGAAAUGCAUGUCCUAUUUGAACCAUGUGCUACGGCAGCUGAUGUGAUAAUCUCAAAUGAUGAGCUAGCAUUGAAUGAGGAACAAGAAUUGCUAGAAAAAAUUGAUAACACAACUAUGCUUUUGAUCUAUAUCGAUGCCUCUAAACAACAUGAUGGAGUAGCAGCAGCCGUGACAAUAAUGACAAAAGCUGGUGAUGAGUCUAGAUGGGAGGAUUAUGGCAUGUAUUUAGGACAAAAAUACUCCGUGUAUCAUGGCGAGCUGUUAGCGAUACAACUAGCUCUAAAAAUUGUAGCAGAUAUAUCACCGUCAUCAAAACAAAUUACCCUUUUCACGGAUAACCAGUCUACAUUAAAAGCCAUAGCAUCUAACAGGCAGACAAGUCCAUUGAUUCAAGAUAUUCGAAAAACAUACGAGAUAUUAAAAGAAAAAGACAGCAGUAUGAUAUUUAGAUGGAUACCGGGACACUUAUCGUCACUGACAAAUGAAUAUCGAGAAAAAGCGGAGUUCCUCGACAGGCACGGUGAAAUUAGUUUAGCAAAUGAAAAGCCUGAUAUAGGACGAAAAAUAUAG